AUGUACGAUGACAUUUUGCUCUCUGGGUCGCGGCGGUUUGUGGUCGCUUUCACUCGUUCUCUCCCUGGCGGGCGAGUCCGUUAUGCGAAGAUGCCUGAGGGUGACCGGAGGCUUUUCUCAGUGGGUUCUUUACUGUACUUGACAGAGCUUGAAGAGGUCAGCGCGCAGACCGGCGGCCAUGUGAAGUACAUUGCGAAACAUGAAGUGCAGGGGCGUGUGCAGCUCCAACGCUUGUUGAACCCCUCGGCCCUCUUCGAGACGGAUGCCAAGGGAAAUAAGGUGAACUACUUGAGAGCUGAGGUGCAGCUCCUGCCCGAGCCACCAUUACCAGCGAACGACGUGCCGAGCGCUGAGACUUGGAGAGCGGAGUUGCUGGAGACUUGGCAGCAGCUGCAGGGCUUAGCGGUAAGCUUCGGGGAACCGCACUUGGCAGAGAGCUUCUUCACCGAGGUGGCGCCUCGCAUCUCCAGUGGGAUCUUGGCAGCUGCAUGGCAGCAGUUGCAGGUGCAGACCCAGAUGGUGCGGAAACAACGAAGGGCCAUGGAGGAAGUCCGGAAGAUCAUGGAGGAGGGUACCAUGUCUCAAGAUGAGGCCUUCGCGCAGGUCCUGGCCCAGUCCAGGCCGACAGAUUUGGAUUGGGACUUCUGGGAGCAGCUCUUGCCGCUGCUGGCUGCAGAGCCGGAGCAGCGUGGGCCCAUGCUGCAGGAGCUGGUGCGCGAUGAGUUGAAAUUGUCCAAGGCGCGCCUUUCAUUGAAGGAGGCACUGGAGUAA